AGAUUGCCUCAGAGGGCAUGUCCUCCUAAUGCAACACUAAUUACAUACCUCCAAGGCCAACAAAGAGAGAACAUUAUUUUGUAUUUUGUGAAAAGAAAAAAAAUAUUUCAAUGGAGGAGGAUGAUGAGAAGAAAGUUUAUGCUUCUCCAACAUCAUCUCCUCCAACACCUCCCUCACCCCUCCCCAUCAGUGUAGGACCUGGCAACCAAAAGUACAUAUUUUCGCCGUCUCCGUCCCCCUCGCCGCCUUUCUCUCCACCUCUGUCGAGCCACACGUCAGCUGAGAACCUCCCUCUUCUUCAUCAUGAUCAGAAGCUCUCUAGCCCUCCAGUGCCAUCUUCAGCAUUCUCCUUGGAUUAUCGGCGGCCCCCGGAGGAUUUGGAUUCCAGGAGCUCAUGCCUUGCGGACUUGUUAAAGUGGUUUAUAGAAAGAUGCUGCAACUGUGGUUCUAAGUCUUCCUAGCCUUCUUCUUACAAAUACAGAACAGAUAUGAAAAAAGAAAAAGAAACAGAGGAGCAGUCAAAAUGUGAAAUUGCUUGCUCUGGUUUUGCCUCCAAUUGAUUUUCCCGAGAUUUAAAGCUGCAAGUUGAUCCCUUCUAAGUUCUAACAUGCGUUCUAACUCAUGUAACUAGCCAUCAAUCAUCAGAUGCGUUUUUUUCACCCUCAACUAGUUGAAGAGAAGGCCUGCAGCAAAAGUGAAUGAGUGAUAUUUGUAACAAGUAACAUUCUUUGCACAUUCACAUUCUCGUUAAAAAAAAAUUCAGAGAGAUUCUUGGUCA